CAUCUUAUAAAAACACAAAACCCAACCCCCCGACCAUUAAGUAAUACUGCGCGCAUGCAAUAAAGAAAGGAAAGGAAAGGAAAGUUUUCGGAUCCCCACCCCCUUAAGCUUCCUGAUAUCUCUGGCACCACUACUCUCAACAUCAGCCCUAGUACUACCACCACUCGUGGACAUCAGGCUCUUCCUAACGCUCGUUAACUCUCAUGGCUUCCCUUACCUUCUAAAUAUAGAUACAUGCAUGUAUGCGCCGUUACGCAUCAUCUUGUUUGUGAAUUGUACGUGCCAGCCAAACCCCACGCCAAACACGCCGUUAACCUCACCCUCUUCUCCCUGGUCUCUACCUAUUUAUCUAUCCGAAAUUCCGAUCCCCUAUAAAUAAAUACUCUCCCCACUCCUUCACAAAACAAUGUUUCGUAUCGCUGCCGAAAAUCUUUCGCCGGCUAGACAUACUUUGCCUACUGUCAGUCACGUGAUGGAGCUCCAUGACCUCCCUCACGCCAACACCAGCGCGUCUCCCACGCUAGGCCAGCUUCUGAAGCGUGUUGGGGAUGCCAGGAAGGAAGCCACCGGAGACGGCAACGAGACCCCCGUGCACCAGGCUCUUGAUCUCACCGACACGACCCUCGAGCCUCGGCCCUUGCCCUUCGUCCUCUCUUUCAGCAGUUUGACCUACAGCGUCAAGGUCACCCGCAAGAUGACCUUUCGGGCUCUUUUUCCCAGGCGACGAAACAGGCUCGGUGCCGCCACAGAGGCGGAUCCGGUUUCCGGAGAGAGACUUUUCACGAGAACAAAGACUCUCCUGAACGACAUUUCGGGUGAAGCUCGCGACGGGGAGAUUAUGGCGGUGCUCGGCGCCAGCGGGUCGGGAAAAUCCACACUGAUAGAUGCGCUGGCGAAUAGGAUUGCGAAGGGAAGCCUGAAAGGAACGGUGACUUUGAACGGCGAGGCCUUUGAGUCCAGGCUUCUGAAAGUGAUUUCGGCUUACGUAAUGCAAGACGACCUGUUGUUUCCCAUGCUAACUGUGGAAGAAACCUUAAUGUUCUCGGCGGAGUUCCGGUUGCCGAGGACGCUCUCCAAGUCCAAGAAGAAGAUGCGAGUCCAAGCACUAAUCGACCAAUUAGGGCUCCGAAACGCCGCCAACACUAUUAUUGGAGACGAAGGCCACCGCGGGGUCUCCGGAGGCGAGCGUCGGCGAGUCUCGAUCGGAAUCGACAUCAUUCACGACCCGAUUAUCUUGUUCCUCGACGAACCGACGUCGGGGCUCGACUCGACGAGUGCAUUCAUGGUGGUGAAGGUUUUACAGAGAAUUGCUCAGAGUGGAAGCAUAGUGAUCAUGUCCGUUCACCAGCCGAGUUACCGAAUUCUCGGGCUACUGGACCGCUUGAUUUUCUUAUCGCGCGGACAAACUGUUUACAGCGGUUCACCUACGAACCUUCCUCAAUUCUUCGCGGAGUUCGGGCACCCCAUCCCGGACAGCGAAAACCGAACGGAGUUCGCUCUUGACCUAAUCCGCGGGCUGGAGGGUUCGCCCGGUGGGACGAAGAGCUUGGUGGAGUUCAACAAGUCGUGGCAGAACAUGAAGAAGCACGACAGCAGCACUCGGAAUUCCUCCUCCGAGACUGACCGGCAGUGUUUGUCACUCAAAGAAGCCAUCAGCGCCAGCAUUUCCAGAGGGAAACUAGUCUCCGGCGCCCCCAACGACGUGAGCCCGUCGUCAAUGGUCCCAAGAUUCUCGAACCCGAUGUGGACAGAAAUGGCCGUGCUGGCGAAGCGGUCUAUGAAGAACUCGCGCCGAAUGCCAGAGCUUUUCGGGAUUCGGUUGGGUGCGGUCAUGGUGACAGGCUUUAUCUUGGCCACCAUGUUCUGGCAGCUCGAUAACUCUCCCAAAGGCGUUCAAGAACGAUUAGGGUUCUUUGCGUUUGCCAUGUCCACCACGUACUACACCUGCGCCGAUGCCCUCCCGGUCUUUCUCCAAGAGCGUUACAUCUUCAUGAGGGAAACCGCUUACAAUGCAUAUCGGCGGUCGUCCUACGUUCUCUCUCAUUCGCUCGUGUCUUUGCCUUCAUUGAUUUUUUUCUCCUUAGCGUUCGCCGCAACGACAUUUUGGGCGGUCGGCCUAGACGGAGGGUUUUCCGGAUUCUUGUUCUACUUCUUGAUCAUCUUGGCGUCGUUCUGGGCCGGAAACUCCUUCGUAACGUUUCUCUCCGGCGUGGUUCCUCACGUAAUGCUUGGAUACACCAUAGUCGUAGCUAUAUUGGCAUACUUCCUUCUCUUCAGCGGCUUCUUCAUAAACCGUGACCGCAUCCCGUCCUACUGGAUCUGGUUCCAUUACAUCUCCCUCGUGAAAUAUCCCUACGAAGCCGUUUUGCAAAACGAGUUCAGUAAUCCAACCAGGUGCUUCGUAAAGGGAGUUCAGAUUUUUGAUAACACGCCGCUCGGUACCGUUCCCACAUCGCUGAAAUUGAAGCUUUUGGAAAGCAUGAGCGACACACUGGGGGUGCAGAUAACGAGCACCACGUGCUUGACCACGGGCUCGGAUUUAUUGCGGCAGCAAGGAAUCACUGACUUGAGCAAGUGGAACUGUUUGUGGAUCACGGUGGCUUGGGGUUUCUUUUUCAGGAUAGUGUUUUACUUCUGUUUGUUGCUGGGUAGCAAGAACAAGAGGAGGUGAUCCAUCAAUAUUUAAGGCUAUAGGUCUGGAUAGAUUGGUGCUGAAUGACAAGCAUGCACGGGGCAGCAGAGGUGGAGAUGUCAUGGUCAUGUUGGCCUAGCCUAGCCUGCAGGGGAUCUCUUCGGAGGGAUAAAGGCCAGGAGGGAGUAGUGCAUGGGUACUCUUUAAUUUGUUUUGUGUAAGCUGCUUCUUAAUUAUGUUUUGGAAUGAAUUUGAUCGUUAAUGUUUUAGAUCAUCAUGAGCUUCGCGGUUCUUGGUAUAUACAGAACUGUUGCAUAUAUCAAUCUUUUCAAUGUUAUUUUCAUGCAUAUUCAAACUCGUUCGUUCGUUUAAUUUGUAUUAAGUUUAAAUUAUAAUUUAACAUAUCCUGAUCAUCUUCGAUCU